GGAAAUGGCACGAAUUCAACGACGGAAACAUGUGAAUUUUCUAUUAUUAGCAUUGCACUUUUGCAAUUUUCCCCUUCAAGAGAGCCUUCAUCGCCAGAAAUCAGUAUGGUGACUCUCGUGGAAAUACUCACACAAAUCGCUCGCUUAACAAACUUUUCGCCCGAUCAGGUAAAAAAAUCGAAUGUAUCAGUUUCGUUCUUCGCCACAGGCCUAAACUCGCGAUGGACUUUACUUCAUUCAGAACAGCUGGGUUUGCUAAACAAUUGCAGCUAACGGAGCGUGAAAACCGCUUUUCUGAACCGACACUGUCGACUUAGCCAUUUUUAAAUAUUUAAAGUAACUUUUUCAAAUUAACUGUAUAUAUUUUCUGCAGGUCAAUUUUGUGUUUUGCAUGUUGUCAUGUUUUCCUCUUGGGGCUGGGUUUAGAGUUGUUCUUCAUCCCAGCCGAGUUUCUCCUUCAGUCAGACGGAUUGUAGGACUUCUUUGGGGUAUAGCGCUAACCUGGUUUUGUUUUGGGAGGUAAGAGAGAGAUUUUAACUCGCCUGUAUUUAAUAGCGUUUGCCAUUUGUUCACGACUUUGUUAUUUCGGUGUAAAGAAUUAAUAUUUAAUCUCUGUCAAUGUUUUUUUGUCUAUUUCCAUAUAAUUAAGCUAUAAGCUAUAGCUUAGUGGACUUAAUUUCGAACUUCAGUAACAUUUAUUGCUCCGUAGAUAGUGCUUGGGAUAAGUGGUCUUUUAAAUAUAAUCAAAUUGAAGGUGUUAGCAGUGCCAGAUCCAGACCUUGAGAUAAGGGGGGGGUGGGGGGCAGGUGGUCAUCUAGACCCUUUGAUAAAGAAAAAAAAUUUUUUUCGGCCCUUCGGGCCUCAGUUUGAUCUAAAAAUAAGGAAAUAAGGGGGGACCCAGGCCCCCCCGGGCCCCUCCCCUGGAUCCACCACUGGUUAGGUAAGGGUGGAUAUUCGUGAUAUGAGAUAGUAAAUUUUUUUGUGAAAAAAAUUCAUACAUAGUAAAACAUAAUUCCUCUUGAAGCGAGGACCAAAUGGCCUUCCAUAUUUAGUGAGAUGUGUAGAUUUAUCAGAAUUCAGGUCACAUAGAAUCUUGGAUUGGUUUUAUGCAUAUUUAUUUUGGGUGUGUAGUUGCUUAGCAACAUAACUGCGACAAACAAAUUAAAAUGUCAUGUCCAAACUUUAGAAGCUGUCAGUGACCAUUGAAGCUGCAAAGGCCCAUCUAGUGCUUGAUUUGUAAUUGUUUUGGCAUUUUUGGGCAGAUAAGUGCAGUGAUGGAAACAAAUUUCUACUGGUUUCAAAUUCCUACACUAAAGCAGGAUGGUGGUGUAGGGAAGCAAAAGGUUCUGACUUACCCUUUCCCCCUUAAACUAUUUAGGUGCCACAUUGUGAGUUAUAUAGCCCGUGAAUACAGCCGUCACUCCUUGCUCCUUGCCACAAGGGAUGUUUCGCCAGGAGGGACGUCUGCGCCUCAGUGUUGUGUUCUUUUGUGAACAGGCUCCAGCGAAAUUCAAAUUCUUUUUCUAAAGAAAAAUAUGGUCCAGGAAUAUUGACUGCUUGUUGUACAUUCAUAUCGUUUACAUUUGACCUUACGUGGCCUUUUGUCUUUUGUCUGUCAUUCAUAAACAAUAGAUAAAACAAUAUAUCCACUACACCAACCAAUCAGGGUUCCUGACCAGAUUCCAGACAGAUUUCAUGUCAUCAGUAUAGAAUUUCUGUUGCUGAGGGGCAGAUGUUACUCCUGGCAAAACGUCCCCAUUGGCAACGAGCAAGGAGCAAUGGUUGUAUUCGUAGGCAUUUGUUAUAGUAAGAAGAAAACUCCUGCACACCGAUCGAAUAAUUUCAUGCAUAUAAAAGCAUGGUAUAAUUAAAAAUCUCUUGUAAACCUGUCCAACUGAAAGGAAAUUCAAAAGUCAAUGAUAAUAAUAAUCAUAAUAUAAAUAUGUUAUGUACUGAAGGGUCGGAAAACAGUAAAUCAGUUCUGCCCCAAGAGGGUGCAGUCCAAUGGCCUCUAUGUUUGUAAAUAUUUCAACUUUCUCUCUCUUGAGGUGAGGGUAGGUACGUAUACCUACAUGUAAUCUGUUAAAUUUAUUGGGUUUUUUUCUUUUAACAGGCAAACAUUGAUUUUAAUCAACAUCAGUGCCCUUUGUUAUUUCCUCACCUGUGUCCUAAAUCCUUCAAUUGUUCACAAGUAAGUUAAUGAAGUGUUACACGUUAAUUAAUUAACCAAUCAAUCAAUCUUUUUAUUUGAUAGUUAUGCAAGAAGGAUUUCUCAUUACAUGUAUUUUUCUGAUGACCAAAUUUCUUAUUCUCCUAGAUAUGUACUCACUGUGUCUAUGGGAAUGCUUUCUAUAGCUCAUAUCCAUCGUCAAAUAACAGACUAUGGAGGCUACACUCUGGAUUUUACAGGGUAUGAUAAUAAUGUCAUUGAUCAGUUAUUAUAAAAGAGAAUGGUAGUGCAGUGGCGAAUCCAGGGGAGGGGCCUGCGGGACCCCCCCUUAUUUUUAGACCAAACUGAGACCUGAAGGGCUGAAAAAGUUUUUUUCAAGCCCCCCCCCCCCACCCCCUUAUCUCAAGGUCUGGAUCAUGCACCGUAGUGGGUUAUAACUCCAGCCAGUCAACAAAAAUCUUUCAGCCUGUGGUGAACAUAAGAAAGGAGUGCACAUCACUAUUUUGUUACAAAUUGAGUCACCCUCAUUGUAGUCACCAUCUUCUUACAAAGUCUACGUAGUUAAAAACAAAGCACAAAAGCUGCAUUAAGCUGGCUAACUAGAAAAGGUUAUUCAUGGUAUCAGCCACUCAGCAGAAUGGAACAAGAAACUAAAAAAUACAUUAAAUUCAACAUAGCAACUACCUUUGAAAUUUAACCAGUUCUUUGUAUAACUAUCAAAAACUGCUAUUAUACUUUGAAAAUUAAUUGUGUGUUAAUUUUAAUUUCGUGUGUAUGUGUGAAUUGCAGACCCUUGAUGAUCUUUGUACAAAGAAUAUCGUAUGUGGCGUUUAGUGUUCAUGAUGGUACAGUAAUCAAAGGCUCUUUUCACAUUGUUAAGUGUUAGGUUUUAAAGAAGAGACUUUGGUCAUUUAGUACAGACCCUAAAAGCUUUUUAAUAAAAGCUUUUAAAAAUGCUUUGGCAUACACAUAUUUUUCAGAGCCACCAUUCACAAUAAUAAUUUCUAGCUAAAAAUUGGACUCAGUUUCAGCCUCAGUGGAGGACCUUCCUCAAUCUGAAUAAAUUAUCAUAAUUAUUAGCCAAAUCCCUUAAUGAUUAAUUUUUUUUGAUAGCUACCAAGGCUAUUGGUACCUUGAAAAACGCCUCGAGCAAUUUCUGCUAAGAUUCUCCCAUCAAUUACCCCCUAAUCUUUGUGAAUCAAAGGGAGAAUUGACAUUAAAUCAGGUGUCACUUAACAGUCUCUUUAUUAUUUCCACACAGUCAUACUGACUCCCUCAUUUCAGUGUUUUAUAUUCUCAUGGAUGAUUGCUAAAAAAAAUUAAUCCAAAGUGGUUUAAUUUGUCUAUUCUCAUGGAUUUUUGCUUAAAAAAUCAAUACCAAAGUUUAAUAACAUCAUCUUCUUAGAAAAAAUAUCAAUUUAAAUUUAAAGAAGUGAUCUCCUUUCUCAAAACUUACAUUUCCCCCUGCCUCUGUAAUCUUUUAACUCUUGUAGAGAAACGUUUUAUUAUUGAUUCUAUUUAGGAAUGGGCAGAGACGAAAGUGAACUGAAAGAUGAGCAGAGAAAAGGAAGACUCAAGUAAGUGUAGCUUGUAUGGUCAAAUGCGUGGGUAAAGCAUCGGGAGUCUCUAUCACUGAAGAUAUUAAUUAAGUUGAUAUCAAUGAAGAUGAAUUUUGAUUUUAUAUUUUAAAAUCUCUGGCUUAUAUUACAUGGUGUUUGAUGUUCAAUUUGACUUUUUCUUUAACUUAGGAGGGUUACACAUGUAGUCCCUAGUCUGAACUUCAAAAUGUGCGUGAUGAGGAGGAAGCCGGCCAUGUUACUUUUUGUAUUCUACUAUUGUAUUUUCUUUUUCCUCUGUCGCUGUCACAGUUUCAACCCAUCUUUGUGUCAUUUGUCAGUACCAUUUCUGCUGUCCUAUGUCGCUGUUUCAAGGUCAUGUCGCUUGUCGGAAUUUGACCUUAACAAGGCCUCAAAUGACAGUGUUAUGUGAAAGUAGCUGCAUGUAUAUACAAUUAAUAUUUAUUGUAGAAAAGUUUCUUCUGUGUUGUAAGGUGUGCGAGUAUUGUCCAUCCAUGUCAUUCUCUGGUUUAACUAAUAAUUUGAUUGUAAUAGUUUUUAUAUAAAUAAAUAAAUUUGAAACUUGAUAAUAGUUCUUUCAUUUUUUUGUGUUAUUGGUCUCUGUGUCAUAGCUCGAUCUAAAUACCUAUUUAAAAUGAUGUCAAAAUAAUUAAGCAUUUUGCUGUUUUUUUUUUUUUUUACAGAAAAGUGCCAACAUUGUUAGAGUACUUCAGUUACUUGUUUCACUACAGUACAGUUUUAGCAGGACCUGUAUGUACCUUCAAGGAAUUCAAUGAUUUCAUUGAUGGUUCUGAUGUCAGGCCUAAGGUAACGUUUGUUCUGGGAGGGACCCACCCCUGGAUCUAGAGAAGGAACCUACUUUAAAGUAACUUAAUAUGAACCCUGGCUUCCCCUAUUUAUGAUUAGUAGUAAAUAAUAAAGUUUUCAAUAAUUGUUUAUUAUUAUUAGCUCUUUUUAUCUUAUUGUAUUUGAUCUUUUUAAUAGGGAACUGGUCAAAAGGAACCAUCACCACUGAGUGCUGUACUUAGAAAGGUUCUUAUCAGUUUGGUGUGUUUGGCUGUUAUUCUCUUAACUGGGUCAAAAUUUCCAAUUUCCAGGAAUGGAGGUAAAUCCAAGUUGGACUGAAAUAAUUAACAAUUAUUGUGUAGCAAAGCAACAGAUAGAUGACCAGCGGAAGUUUAUUCAUGAGCUGACGACAAUCAUGUUACAUAAACUAUCAUGCAAGCCAUGAAAAAAGCACUCAGCGGACUGAUAAUAAAAGAUCAUCAAUGGAAACAAUAAUUUUUGCUUUACAGUCAACACCAAUUAACAGUAAAAUAACUGAGAGCUUGAUCAUCAAUCUUACUCAGAACCCCUGGAAAACAACUUGAGGGGCCUAUUCGAGAGGCCGCCCCCCACCCCCUCUGAAAUUUGGACCCCCUCCUCCCCUCUGAAUCUCCGUUACCCUCUGUGGGGGGUGGGGGUAUGGAUAUUAUUUUUCUUGAACUACACAAUGCAUAUCUGGCGGGAUAUAGAAUAGAGGGUGGGGGGGUACAUUUCUUGGCAGUGAAGCCUCCACAUGUGUGGCAAAACUGUGAGGGAUUUUCGAAUACACACUUGCAAGACAAUCUGCGCUGAUCACCAGCUUAUUCACCCAGCUAUGCAGGCUAAAGAUAUGAACGAACCUUACGUUGAAAACAAAGCUUUGUGUAUGCAGAUGCUGGGUGAUGGAUAACUGAGAAAUUUAGUGGAUUUUUUUCUUCCAAAACGUUUCCCUCAAACCUACAGCAAGCUAGGUAUGGGAAUUUUUUUUAUUUGUUUUGUUUACUGCCUUGCCUGAUGUAUCAUGACUUUUAAGUGUUUGUGCAAACACUACUUUAUGUUGUUAUAUCUCCGGUUAUUUUAUAUGGCAGGUUUAAUUUUUUCUUUAGCGUAACAUUUUUUCAAACAAUUUUAGUUUUUGUUUAUAGUUUUUUUGUCUAAAAUAUGGAACUGGCUUUGAGACCGUGAAAAUUUAAACCACAAUGGUCACGUUCCUUUGGUCAUGAGAAAGGAAAAACCUGAAAUGUUGUUAUCUAUUUUUUGCAGAUGAAGAGUUUAUAAAUUCACAUCAUCUUCUAUGGAGAUUCGUAUAUUCUUACAUCUCCAUACUUGCCAUACGGAUGCGUUAUUACUUUGCUUUUAAAAUGGGUAAGAAAAAAAUAAUAUCUUAUUAUAAACGUUUAUGUGUCUUUUUUGUUCUGUUCCACAGACUUACAGCUUAUUUAAAAUAUAUUCACAAGCACUUUUAAUUAAUGGGCGUUUUUUCACAAAUACCAAAAUACUCUUUGUUUUCCCUCCAAAAUUUUGCAUAAGCAUUGUUUUCAAUUUCUGCUGGAACGAUUUUGACACUUUCUUGUUCCAAGCAGUUCUCCCUAGAGGGUCUGACUGUUUGAUGAAGGAGAUUGAGUAAUUGAAGCAAUAGAGUAUUCAUUCAAGUGUGUCUAUUAAUUGCCUUUUUAGCGGAAGCUGUGAAUAAUAUGGGUGGAUUAGGAUUCAAUGGUUUUGAUGAGAAUGGUAUAGCUAAGUGGGACCGUCUAACCAUCGUCAACGUUCUAAGACUGGAGGUAUUACAAUACAAUAUAACACUAUCUAAUAUUCUACAUUUACCUUGUGGUUGUAGUGAUGAUGAUGAUGGUGAUGAUGAUUAUAAUGACAGAAGCAACUGCCCAGACAAACCUAGAAUUGUCAAUUUUGUUAAAAUUUCAGAGUACUAUCAAAACGACAUUUGUAACCGGGUGAUUGACUCUUAUGCCCUUCUCUCAUUUGCUUUCUUCCAUACAGUUUGCAACAAAUUUAAAGGAAGUUUUAGACAACUGGAAUAUCUGUACAGCGUUGUGGUUAAGAAGGUAGGGUAAAUUGAAUUUGGAAACUGAUGUGCUUGGAGAAAAAUUCUCCUUCAGUGAUAUUUUGAAGGGAAAAAAGUUACAAAGGCAGAAAAGCUGAGAAAAAAGAGGUGAAGAAGAAUAUUUUGCGUUUCUUAAAUUAUAGUGAGGAAGUGUCAAGCGUACGUAAAGGGUGGCACGAAAGAGGUUUUCCUCCCCUGUUUUGUCAUGCGCAGAAGAUUUUGUCAUGUCUGUACUGUAUUUCCUUUUAGAAUUGUAUAUGACCGAGUUCCUUAUCACCGUACGCUGGCCGUGUUUGCACUCUCAGCAUUUUGGCAUGGGUUCUACCCAGGGUAUUACAUGGCAUUCUUUACCUGUGGACUGAUGGUUGAAGCGGCGAGAAAGGUACACACUAUGUCGUAAAGAAACCAAAAAAUAGAAAUUAUGACGUAGCUAGAAAAUUCGCCUAAUCAAAUUCAACAGCGCGAGCGUGCUUCAUAUUCCUAUUGAGCACGCUGAUGACGUCAAUAAACUAUUCGUAAUUCCUCGAGUUGUUGGGAGCUUAACAAUCCUGAGUCUCCUGAGUGCAUCCAUAACUCAGCAAUAGACAAUGAAGCGUUUACCAUGUGUUUUGUAAGGAAAUUUAGAGGAAACGUUUGAAUGUGUUAACCGAUUGUAAGGAAAAGAGGUGAGUGUUGUUGUUGUUGUCAUCUCCGCGAGCUGUGCGGGCUAUGGCGUGAGAUCAUUCUUUGCAAAGUUGUUUUCUCUCAAUAACAAUUUUUCGGUAAAUCAAUAGUUUUCCGGCACCUAAAUAUGGAUUUUACAAUCAUUUUAGAGUACACUUUCUCUCAGUUUCAGGAUAAAAACAUAAGAUUAACUGUGAGGAAAAAAAUAUAUAGUCACAUUGACGCGUACUGCUUUGAGCGCGCCCUACAAUAAUAAAAUUUAAGUUAACUGCUGAAUUGAUCGCUUUGAUAAUGUUAUAAAACAAUUAGUUCAUGCUGCAGCUGUGCGUAUGUCGAGAUAUUGAGCACUUGGGAAGUUUGGAGAGCACUCAAGAGGCUAGAGUUGCACGAGGCGCAGCCGAGUGCAACUCUUACGCCUCUUUCGUGCUCUCCAAACUUCCCAAGUGCUCAAUAUCUCGACAUACGCACGCUGACGCAUGAACUAAUCGUUAAAUAGAACGCAAUCGACUUUCUCCAAGAGACUUCCUUAAAGUAGCAGUUUACGGCAAACGGCAAUUGGGAGAUUCAAGUUUAGAAAUUCUCAAAAUAGGAAAUGAGCAGAUAAAAACAGACCAAAAACAACUCAUAUGGAUAGGACUGAUUCCGAUUUACCGAUUUCUGUGUAGUCAUAAUAAACAGCUGUAAACGACAAUUAAAGGGAAAACCUGGUCACGUAAUACAAACUUACGUUUGUAGUUGGCCGUAAACGUGACUGUAAAUCUCUCUAUUGUGUCCAGUUAGGAAGAUGUCCGCUUUAUAGGGAGUCAAAGAAAAUGAUUCGAAUACGGCAGGAGCCGACUCAGUGUGUCCCUUUUAGGGGGUUGUCUACUUUAUAGGAAGUCGAGCCGACUCAAUAGGGCCAUUUAUACGAGGAAAAAUAAGACGCGUCUUACAUAAGACGCGAAUUGUACCAUUUAUGCGAGCAUGUCUUAUCUAAUAAGACGCGUCUUAGCCAAGCCGCGUCUUAUUUUAGACGAAAUGUGCCGUUUAUACAGAAAGUUCGCGUCUUAUUUAAGACGCGUCUUAUUUUUCCUAGUAUAAAUGGCCCUAAUGUGUCCGUUUUAGGGAGAUGUCCGCUUUAUAGGGAGUCAAAGAAAAUGACUGAAAAUCACAGAAACCCUCCGCCUUUUAGAGAAUCCAAGAAAAUGGCCCUGCAGAAUAGCAGGGGACACUUGUAGUUGCCCGUGCCCCAUUUUGAGAAAAGCUCACCCUUUGCGUCCUUUUUAGGUCAGACGAGUUUGCAGGCCUUUAUUUCAGAGAUCACCUGCAACUUCUCUGUUCUAUGACGUCGUUACAUGCGUGGUGACAUCAUGUUGCUUGACGUUCACUACUAUUCCAUUUGUGGCUCUGGAAUUAAGGAUUGGCGUCGCAUAUUGGCGGUAAAAUUGCUAAUAUAACACAUUUAAUUAUAUAUUUUGUCCUUUUUUUGUUGAAUGAACUGAAAAAAAUAUGCUGUCCGAUAUAGUACAAGCCUCGCCUUAAUUUUUGCGUUCUUUGUCUCACAGUUCCAUGUAUUGCUUCGGUCAUUUCUGGUGCCUUGUGCCAAUUCUUUUUAUGAAUGCUGGCAAAAACAAGAAACAGCAGACGGACAGUGAGAUCAGAGGAGAAGGUGAGGAAAAGGAUGCACAAAAGGAACAAACUAAACACGAUGAUCUUACAAAACUUCGCCAAAGAGUGAACAGGAAGCUGGAAAUGCUCAAGGAAAACCUAAUGUGGGGUCUCAGAAUGGCUGGAAUGCGAUAAAAUGUGAAUGUAUGCGAACAAGUAUUUUAAGUACACUUCAGUACACUCUUUUUUUAUAUCUAAGAACCUUUUUUGUAAGAACGUUCAGCAUGAAAUUUGCCAAAUUAAGAACAUGCUAAGAACAUACCCGAGACUUUGAGAAAAACAACAUAUUUUUCACCGUUUUUACUUUCCUAAAUCCAGAAAAUUUGAAUUACAUAAUGUUCUACAUGGAAUCAGAGUGUAUCAGAUUUCCGUUAUUGAAAUUUUUAUCCGUAAGAACAUUUCCAAGAUGAAACUGACCGGAAAAUAAGAACGGUCCAGGCUCAACUCGAAAAAUGAACCUUCUUAUAAAAAAAGAAAAAGGAGUGUAGUGCCUCAAAUCAAAAUUUAAUAAAUAUGUAAAGUUUAAUUUUAUAUGAACAAAUAGUACCAUGACGAAGUCAGUACUGCUAAAGAUGUUUCACUUGAAUGGACAACAGACUCAAAAAUUAUAAAUACAUACUUUCUAAAUAAAUAGCGCUAAAGGAUUUCAUCCACAGACUGAAAAGUUAAAACUACGUACUUAUUAAAUGGUACCAUGUGAAAGUACUGCUGAAGAGGUUUCAUUUGAAUGGUCGUACCAUAGGAUUUGAUCCACAGACUCAAAAAGUUAUUUACAUUUUAAAUAAAUAUUACCAGGUGAAAGUACUGUUAAAGAGGUUUCAUUUGAAUGGUAACACCACAGGAUUUCAUCCACAGACUCAAAAGUUAGAAGGAGUACGUACUAAAUAAAUAGUACCAGGUCAAAAUACUGCUGAAGAGGUUUCAUUUCAGCGAAUGGUGACACUCGCAAUCUAGCGGUUCCGGAUUCGAGUCCCGCUCCAACCGCUUGCUGGAUCGGUUAUCUCGAGUUCAAAUCGUCGAUCAUGGCUUGUAAAUAACCGCCAACUCUCGCCAGCUGGAAUUUUUUCAGCCUGUUACGUUCUAUUUGCAUUAUUGAUUUGUGAUUAUAUCAUGAUCAGUGGAGUGCCUGUAAACAGGCUAGAGCAGCAAGAUGCACUUCCUCUAUAAACUAAGCAUUUUACCAUUUUAUAAUUGUAUUUGGAUGUGAAAGGAUAAAAAAUGAUUGGCACCUCGUACCGUUUUAAAGCUUAGAAUUUGAAAAAGAAACAAAAACGCCUAUUGUAAAAUAUUUUACUGCCCUGUAGAAAGUCACACAUUGAUACAUACGGUCUUACUUGUACGCAGCAAACCCAAAAGCUGAAGCAACGUUCCACUACAAUUUUAUACAAAGGAAAGCAGAUGGAGCCUUGAACUAUUUCAGAGUGGUCAAUAAAAUUUCUUUCACAACUUAUUACAGCUUUAAACAUAAUGAUUAAAUGCUGUAUUACCAAACCCUUAAGGACUUGUUCAUACCCUCUCGAGUAAGAGCAACUCUUUGCAAUGCUGAUUUAUGACGAAUCCCUAUUGAGCGGCCAUCAUCCAUUAUUAAAGCGGCCAUUUGCCGGUACCCUGAGGGUCGCGCCUAAUUGAGAUUCAACUGUAUAACUGAUGAUUAAUAUACCGCAAUGAUAUACUGCUUUGUAGAUACUGUGCUACGUAAUAUAUUUAUGUAAAUGGUCUUAUGUAUAUUUAUCCUUCGUCACUUUUUUCUGGAAAAUUUGUAAAGAAACAAAUAAGCUGAAAACUAUGUAAAGUCCAUUUGCAACAUUAAGGGGAAGGGGGGCUUCAGGUUCUGCUAGCAACAGACUUUAUAUUUAAACAAGAGCCAUAAUAGGAGAAAAGGUGUGCAUGAGUGUGCCCUCUUUUUUUCUGUGUUUUGUGGUUUUUGCCAGUGUUGUACAAGUGAAAAUAAUCUUUGAGGCAUAUUGGUGAGAUUGGUAUAAUUAAUUUUAGGGGGGAUGGGGUGGUUCUUGAUCGUUUAGAUUGUCAAAAUUGAUCACAAUACAAAAGAGAACCUAGUGCAACGAAAAAUGUAAUAAUUUAUUAAGUCAUGGAAAUAUAUAGAAAAGAUUAAUAUAUUCAGAUAUAUUGUACAAUUAUAUAAUGAGUAAUUUUAAAAUUUGUAACUAGCUAUAUUUGUACCCAUCGUGGAUCGAAAUCCUUCAC